UGGCUUGAUAGCUACGUUUGUCAUGCUACUUUCAUUUUUUUAAGCAAAAAUGUCCAGUCGGAUGUUGAAGUUGUCAAGGUAUAGUAGCCCAAGGAAAUUGCGUCAGUUUUUCCUCGACAUAUUGAUACAGGCUCCAAUCUACUAGCCUACUGUGGAGGCUCAGACUGUCGUAAUGUCGGAGCCCAAGGCACUCACCCCGACUCCGGCUGGAGACACAUACAAAGGAUGGCUAUUCAAAUGGACAAAUUACAUCAAGGGCUACCAGCGACGAUGGUUUGUCUUGAGCAACGGUUUACUAUCCUACUACAGGACACAGGCAGAGAUGGGGCACACGUGCCGGGGCACCAUCAACCUGGCCACGGCCAACAUCGCGGUGGAGGACUCGUGCAACUUUGUCAUCUCUAACGGCGGGGCACAAACCUACCACCUGAAGGCCAGCUCUGAGGUGGAGCGGCAGCGCUGGAUCACCGCCCUGGAGCUGGCCAAGGCCAAGGCUGUCCGCAAUCAGGCCGAGUCUGACGACUCUGGUGAUGAGUGUCCCACGUCACCCCCUACCUCGGGACAGGGCGGAGGGGCCCGUAACUCUAACUCAGAGGUACAGUCCACACUACGCACUCUGGGCAGCAAGGUGGAAGACCUGAGCACCUGCAACGACCUCAUCGCCAAGCACGGCUCUGCCCUCCAAAGGUCCCUGUCAGAACUGGAGGGGGUGCGGCUGGGAGGCGACACGGAUGGCAAGAUCCGGCAGGUGACGGAGAGAGCAACGUUGUUCCGCAUCACCUCCAACGCCAUGAUCAACGCGUGCAGAGACUUCCUGUCCCUGGCCCAGGCCCACAGUAAACGGUGGCAGAAAGCCUUGCAUUCGGAGCGGGACCAGAGGAUAAGGCUGGAGGAAACAUUGGAGCAGCUAGCCAAGCAGCACAACCACCUGGAGAGGGCCUUUAGAGGGGCCACCGUACUGCCCCUCUCCCAGAGCAACCCCGCCUUGGACAGCAAGAGUUCGGGCUCAGUAAAGGGUGACGCGAGCGACGAGGAUGAUGAGAACGAGUUCUUUGACGCUAUGGAGGACCCGGCGGGGUUCAUUACUGUACCGGCUGACCCCAAGUAUCAUAGAAGGUCAGGAAGUAACGUCAGUGGUCUCAGCACUGAGACUGGGAUUGAUGACCAAUCACUUUGUGACGAGCAGUCGUUGGGGUCCAAUCCGGAGUCGCCGCAGUCCCUGGAGGUUGAGCCAGUGAGGAAGAGGCGGACCAAAAUCCCAGACAAGCCCAACUAUUCUCUGAACCUCUGGAGCAUCAUGAAGAACUGCAUCGGCAAGGAGCUCUCCAAGAUCCCCAUGCCUGUGAACUUCAACGAACCAAUUUCCAUGCUCCAGCGUCUAUCCGAGGACUUGGAGUACUACGAGCUCCUAGACAAGGCAGCUAAAUGCCAGAGCUCUCUGGAGCAGCUGUGCUACGUGGCUGCCUUCACCGUAUCAUCCUACUCCACUACGGUCCACCGCACAGGGAAACCCUUCAACCCCCUACUGGGCGAGACCUACGAACUGGACCGGCUGAGGGAGAGCGGCUACCGCUCACUGUGUGAACAGGUGAGUCACCACCCGCCUGCAGCGGCUCAUCAUGCCAUCUCAGAGAGAGGCUGGACCCUCCGACAGGAGAUCUCCCUCGCCAGCAAGUUCAGGGGAAAAUACCUCUCCAUCAUGCCUCUGGGCUCUAUCCAAUGUAUGUUUGAGAAGAGCAACAAUCACUACUCGUGGAAGAAAGUUACUACAACAGUACACAACAUCAUUGUGGGCAAAUUGUGGAUCGACCAGUCGGGCGAGAUAGACGUGGUGAACCACCAGACCGGCGACCGCUGCCAUCUCAAGUUCGCCCCGUACAGCUACUUCUCCAGAGAUGUGGCCAGGAAGGUGACUGGUGUGGUGGCAGACAAGGAGGGUAAGGCCCACUAUGUGCUGUCAGGGACGUGGGAUGAGAAGAUGGAGUUCUCCAGGGUGAUGCAGAGUAAUAAGGGCGAGAACGGCACCGAGGGCAAACAGAAGACCGUCUACCAGACGCUCAAAGCCAAGGAGCUCUGGAAGAAGAACCCACUACCUGAGGGUGCGGAGACCAUGUACUACUUCUCGUCGCUGGCGCUGACGCUCAACGAGCCCGAGGAGGGCGUGGCGCCCACCGACAGCCGGCGACGGCCCGACCAGCAGCUGAUGGAGGCGGGCCGGUGGGACGAGGCCAAUGCCGAGAAGCAACGGCUGGAGGAGAAGCAGAGGAGCGUCCGCCGCGAGAGGGAGCGAGAGGCCCAGCAGGCAGCCACCCUGCCUGAGGAGGGGGCAGAGGGGGUGGAAGUAGCGGAGGACGCGGACCCUGACGAUUCUCCACCUCACACUCCAAGCGUCCACCAGGACAACUAUGAGGCGAUGUGGUUCGAGCGGACCGAGGAUGCCGUCACGGGAGAGUCCAUGCACGUCUACAAGGGGGGCUACUGGGAAGCGAAGGACCACGGCAGCUGGGACGUGUGCCCCGAUAUAUAUUGACCCCCCCCCCCCAUCAGCGAAUUGUACUAACCCAGGCAUUUGGAAUAUGGAAGGCCACAAGCUGCCCUUUUUUCCCCAAUUGAAGAAGGGGCAACCUGGGUAUCGACCCUGUUUAACCCCAACCCUCUUUCAGGAUAGAUUUUGGGUUUGUAAUGCCCCCAACCUCUCCCCUAUCACUCUCUGUGGGGAUGGUGUGCACAGGGGCAGUGAGACCCUGCAGGACAGUGCAACCGGACAGGGGGACAGACCUGUUUUCUUCUGCCUUCAUCUUCUGUGUAGGGUCCGUUUCUCCUAGAUGCUGAUCUGGGGUCUGUUUUGCAUUUCCCACCAUUGGGGGAGCCGAAGCUGAUCCUAGAUCUGUAGCUUGGGAAAACGUCACCCCCGACGCUUCAGCUUCACUACAAUGAUUAGAUAUCUCCCUUUAGAGCCACUGGCUAGGCCUUUGUCUUUCUCAGUCUCUUCCUUUGCCGCUCUCUUUCUCUCACACUUCAUCUCUUGCUAUGUUAGUCUGUGGAAAAGACUGGGGGCAGAUAGGUGGUCUGGUUGAUAGAUUCUAGCGAUUUAACACUAACUCUACCUUGUUCCUCUUCCAAAGGAUAUGGACAGUUUUGUAUGAGUAUGUGAAGAGGGGAGGGGGGUUAUAAUAGCAAUGGGUUGGUGCUUAUGUCUGUUUUGAGGCUGCCAGAUUUUCAAAGUUUCACAAAUGCUGUAAAGAGGUGUGUCCUCCAGAACUUGGUGACAUCACAUUAGCUCCUCUGCUGCUUGGCACAAGGAUAAUUUAGGCUUGGAGCCUGUUUUCCAUCUCAAAGCAGCGUAAUGGUCUAAAUGAAGGAUGUAUUGCCAUAAUACUAUUUAAACAGAUCCUACUACGCCCUACAUCCCAAAGAUAACUUCCACCUCUUCCAACAGCAAAGCAAUCUAGCGUAGCCGCAGUUUUUUUUUUAAAGGAUUAGUGUGUGGAGCAGACUUGAUCGUAACAUAUUGGAAUAGUGGCCUAGUAAUUUACUGGGUGGAUGUGUCCAAAAUAGCACCCUAUUCCCUAUAUAGUGCACUUCUUUCAACCCCUUAUAGGCAGUGUUCAAAAGUAGUGCACUAUAAAUUAAUAGGAAUUCAGGGUGUGUGAGGCCACUCUUCGUCUACAUGAACUAAAGUGUGUGUGUGUGCAGUGCUAGUACACAAUGUGAGCUUGAGUGCAAGGUUCAAGUUCCAAAAAUAAAUCUUAUUUUCAAGUGUACUUAAUGUGAGUGUGAGGAAAAACUAAACAGAUUGCUAAUAUGUGUAUAUAUAUCAAAUGAAGUAAUAAUUAGUGCGUUAAGGUCAGAGAGAACAUGAGUUUUUCUCCUAAAACGAGAUUGUCCGAUCACUUCUGUGUUGUCCUAAUCCCUGGCCCUGUACAACAUGACUGAACAGUUGUGACCCAAGUUUGUUUGCACAAGUUACACUGCUGUGAAAAAAUAAAGUGCAAAUACAAAAAUUGCUUCACAAAAAUAUCAGUAUCAAAACCAUUCAUGCGUUGUACCAGAGUUUAUACUGCCAUAUUGGUUCUUUUAUUUUCAAUAAUUCUGUCCUGUUUCUCCAUUCAUCAUACUUUCCUAUCUUUUUAUGCCCAUUGGUCAGUGCACUGUGAUUGUAAUAAAGCCUGACUGGAGAAGUGCA